AUGAAGAUCCCCCGCCUCGUCACGAUGUUGCUCGCGGGCAUGCUCCUGGCAUGCUCGAUGAGCUUUGUUCACGCGUCGGACGCGUCGCAGUCCCAGCUUGCGGCCGUCGACACGUCCCUCACCUCUAUCACCAGCUCUAACGCCGAAGACAGCAUCGGAUACAGCAACAACGGCGCUUCAGCUGAGCUUCCUUCGGCUUUCUACGAUCGUGUCAACCGCCUCGCGUGCACUGUCCACUACGUUGAGCUCCGUUUCAACUCGGCGCAGGACAUGGAAGAGUCCAUGUACUACAUUGCCGACUGGAUCACGGCCAUCAUCAACUCUGAUGAGUACGCGGGCUGUUACCGCCCCGGCUUUGAGGUCUUCUUCACCGCGUUCGUUAGUGAUGAUACCGUCCAGAUCUACGGUCAGGACAUGAGCGUGCCGCCCGAGCUCGCUGAGGUUUCGGCCUCCAGCGCUGCGUCUUCGGCCUCUGGUGCUGCGUCUUCCGCUCCUAGCGCUCCGCCUUCAGCUUCCAGCGUUGCACCUUCAGCUUCCAGCGCUGCGCCUUCGGAGGAGCCUGUCAAGGAAAAGCAUGAGCUCCGCCGCAAGGAUCUGGCCGUCUUGUACCCGCGCAACGGCACCCAUGCCGGCCACUCGGUCCUGCCAAGUCACGUCUCGGCUGCGCCCAGAGGUCAGGGCGGCGUAGCGACCAGCUCGAUUUGGAUGAGCAGAAGCGUGUCUUCUACCAAGACGGUGUUCGUCAUUCCCACGGCCAACUUGGUCCCCACAGACACCGACCUGCCCCCGACGGCCACCAUCGACGUCAACCACGGGCUUGAGAACCGCCCGCUCAACUUCCCCGGCAGCCCAGACUACAACGAAAGCAACCACAUGUCGGUCCUGUGCACGCACUGCUCGCUCAACGGCAAGCUGUCCAUCACCCAGGGCGGCUGGCACAGCCCUUCGGCUGACGGCGGCGCCCCCAGCCUGGGCUGGCUCAACAUCACCCUCACCGACUUCGCCGACGCGCUGGAAGUCCGCCUCCAAGGCCGAAGCAAGGGCAUCAUGAAGUUCCCGCUGUACCCAGCCAACGACGAGAACGCGCCGCUGAACAUCGUCGGCAUCAGCCUUCCCGGGCUGGGCAAAGCCGGGCUGAUCCUGCGCCCCUACCUCGCCGUCGGCUGGGACCUCUCGUCGCCGACGACCAUCAACUACUGCGCCGGCAACCUGUGGCAGGACGCGCCGUCCUACAUCCACGUCGACUUCGCCAACCUGACCAACAACGCCUCGACCUUCUUCGCCCACCGCCCGCUCCGCGCCGACGACCCGCACGCCACGCCCUUCCGCGGCCGCUCCAUGGACGCCCUGCACGCCUACGGCAGCAUGUUCGUGCGCCUGCAGAUGGACCUGACCAUCGUCUUCGAAGAAGAAACCAACACCACCACCACGUCGUCGUCGUCGUCGUCGUCGCCUCCGACCACCACCGACGUCGCUGCCCAGCAGCCGGCCACCAACCCCAACCCCAACAAGGCCGUCGCCCACAUCCGCCUCGGCUGGCCGGGCGUCGACGCCAACUUCAUGGCCCGCCCCGUCGCCGAGUUCGACAUGACGUGCUACAACGUGUCCGCCACCACGCGCGCCAACUAUUCCCUCUUCCACGACGACGACGACCACCGCAUCGCAUCCAACUUCACCGCCGCGCACCCAACCUUCGUGCGCAUCCGCAAGCGCGACGCCAGCGUCGCCACCGCCGCCUUCAGCGGCGGCUCCGUCUUCCCCUGGAUCGUCGACCCCGACCACCUGCGCCAGCUGCAGCACGGCUGGGUCCAGGGCCACGAAGACAAGUGGGAGGACGCGUGCUACGUCUGGCUCGAGCGCGAGCAGCGGUUCGAGGAGGCGGGUUACGUGCUCAGGAAGAUUAAGGAGGGGUUGGAGAGGGAUGAUGAUGCUGCGGUUGGGAAGGCGGCGGCGAACAGGGGCGGGCCGGAGGAGAACGGUGGGGAGGAGGAGGGUUUGGAGAGCGGCGGUGCGAUGAAGCGAGUCGUCAUGCCGACUUUUUUUGUGGGCCUUGUGAUGGUUGUCGCGGCUCUGGUCUGCUUCUAG